AUGGAGCUUGAAGUAUUGAACAUAUCCAAUGCUGAUCAGCUUCAAGUUAAGCUGGGAGAAACCCGGAUUGUCAGCGCUGGUGACGCGAUCUCCACAGCACUUGCCGUUCUUUCGACAUGGCCCCUUUGGCGGUAUGUCGUGACUACAAUCCUCGGUGUAAUCCUUUAUGAUCAAAUCAUGUACAUCAAGCGCAAGGGGUCAAUUGCGGGGCCCACCUUUAAGAUCCCACUUAUGGGCCCAUUUCUUCAAGCCAUCAACCCCAAGUUUGAAUCGUAUCUCGUGCAGUGGGCGAGUGGUCCACUCAGCUGUGUUUCUGUCUUCCAUAAGUUUGUCGUGCUCGCCUCCGACCGAGAUAUUGCCCACAAAGUGUUUAAGUCACCUUCAUACGCCGAGCCGUGCAUUGUUCCGAUUGCAAAAGAUUUGCUGGGUCGAAAGGCAUGGGUUUUCCUGCAAGGCAGAGACCAUGCGGAGUACCGAAGGGGACUCACGCCGUUGUUUACCAACAAGGCCAUCUCUACCUACCUCCCCGUGCAAGACAGAGUUUUGGAACAUUAUUUUGACAAGUUCGUCGCGACAAGUGCAGAAAACUCCUUGCAGCCAUCCUCUUUCAUGCCUAUGUUCCGCGAGAUAAACUGCGCACUUUCUUGUCGCACAUUCUUCGGUGAAUACAUAUCUCAAGAUGCCGUGAAGAGAAUCGCCGACGAUUUCUAUCUUGUUACUGCUGCGAUGGAGCUGGUCAACAUUCCACUUUCAAUGUACGUUCCGUUCACCAAGCCCUGGCUUGGGAAGAGAACGGCGGAUGCUGUCCAUGUUGAAUUUGCGCAAUGUGCCGCAGCAUGCAAAGCAAACAUGGCAAUGGGCGCGAAGCCCACUUGUAUCGUGGACCAUUGGGUUCUUCACAUGAUGGAGUCAGAGCGAUACCGGGAGAGAAUUGCCGCCGGCGAAACAGAUGUUGAGAAACCAACGAAUCUGAUUCGAGUGUUCACAAAUGAGGAGAUCGGCGAGACUCUUUUCACAUUCCUCUUCGCGUCUCAAGACGCGUCUAGCAGUGCCACCACAUGGCUAUUUCAAGUCCUAGCUCAACGUCCGGAUGUGCUCAAUAGAUUGCGAGAAGAGAAUCUGGCUGCUCGCGGUGGCGAUAAGAACAAAUCAUUUGACCUUCCUAUGCUCGAGUCUCUCAACUACACCACCGCAGUAAUCAAGGAACUUCUUCGCCACAGACCGCCAGUCAUAUUUGUACCUUACCUUGCGACGAAAGACUUUCCAGUUACACCUAAUUAUACAGUGCCAAAGGGGUCUAUGAUCAUCCCCUCUUGCUAUCCAGCACUGCAUGACCCCAAUGCUUACCCAGAUCCCGAUUCAUUUGACCCCGAUCGCUGGAUUACCGGAGAUGCCGAGUCCAAAACCAAGAACUGGUUGGUUUUCGGUGCGGGAGCGCAUGAUUGUCUUGCUAGAAGAUAUGUACCAUUAUCAAUGGCUGGUAUGAUCGGGAAAGCAGCGCUCGAGCUGGAUUGGAAGCAUCAUGCGACAGACAAAUCGGAAGAGAUCAAGGUUUUUGCGACACUAUUCCCAAUGGACGGAUGCCAACUCGUUUUCACCAAACGCCAAUAG